AUGCCCGCAUCAUCCCUCGACUCCGCCGAUUACGACCCUGUCGAUCACCUCAACGCCCUCUUCACACACCCCUCCUCCCUCCAAUCCGUACAACACACCUCAUCCACCCUACGCGCAUACCAAGAUGACCUGGACGAGGACAUCGCCGCCUUCGUGGCCUACCAGACCGCUUCAGACGCCGACAGCGUCCAACGCGUACAAGAUGCAAAGACAGAACUCGCCGAUCUCUUCAAAAAGAUUGAGAGCGUGCGCGAACGGGCUGUGCAGACGGAGCAAACCAUCACUGAGAUGACGGCGGACAUCAAGCGCCUUGACAAUACAAAGCGCAAUCUUACGCUGUCCAUGACCGCACUGAAACGCCUACAAAUGUUGACGACGGCGUAUGAGCAGUUGAGGAGUUUGAGUAAGAGUAGGCAAUACAGAGAAUGCGCGAGCUUGCUGCAGGCUGUACUGCAAUUGGUUGCGCAUUUCAAGAGUUAUAGGAGUAUAGACCAGAUUGCGACGUUGAGCAGGAACGUGGCGGAUCUGCAGCGCGAGCUCUUGGAGCAGGUGUGUGAGGACUUUGAGGUUGUGUUUGCGAAGGGAGAGGUUGGGACUAGGAGGGGAAUGCUUACUGAGGCGUGUUUGGUCAUUGAUGCGCUGGGGGAGCACGCUAGGACUAGACUUAUCAAUUGGUAUUGUAAUACCCAGUUGAGAGAGUAUCGGCAGGUGUUCCGUGGGAAUGACGAGGCUGGCUCGUUAGAUAACAUCUCAAGACGAUAUUCGUGGUUCAACCGCAUGAUGAAGACGUACGACGUCGAUCACGCCGCGAUCUUCCCGUCGUAUUGGAAGGUAAACGAAAUGCUAGCCAAUUCAUUCUGCGAGGGCACGAGGGAUGAUUUCAAGGCGAUAUUGCAGCGGUCGAUGCGGCGAGGAGAUGGACAGACGCUGGACGUCGACUUACUGCUUUCGUGUCUACAAGAAACCCUUAAUUUUGAACACAGUCUUGAACAACGAUUCUCGACUGAAUCGCGGUCGUCCAUGGACACGAUGGCAUCCAAAGAUGAUAAGUCACACGGGUUCAGUCAAACGAUCUCGGAGGCGUUUGAACCAUACAUGCGACUCUGGGUGGAGUCUCAAGACAAGCAACUGGCGACUUUGAUACCGAAGUACCGUCACCAACCCCUCCGCAACGAGGAAGAAGAAUUUUCGGCGCAGGCUGUCAUUCCGUCGUCGACAGAACUAUUUCACUUCUACCGCAUCACCCUAGCCCAGUGCGCAAAGCUUUCCAAAGAAUCUAGCUUGCUGGAAUUAUCAACAACGUUCGCAAAAUACCUGGAUCAAUAUAGCCAACAAGUGCUCUACUACUUUCUCAGCGAGAAGUCCGGUCCACAAGGUCCAUCAGUGGAAGAUGCUGUAUUAAUUCUCAACACAGCCGACUACUGCUACGCCACCUGCAAUCAGCUCGAAGAAAAAAUAAAGUCCCGUAUCGACGAAGACCUCCGAGACAAGGUCGAUCUCCAGAAUCAAGCCGACGCAUUUAUGGGUAUCGCCUCUGCCACUGUACGCGUCUUAGUCCGCAAAGUCGAGCUGGCGUGUGAGCCCAGCUGGCGCGAGAUGCGCAAUACGCCGUGGUCGAAGUUGGAAAGCGUAGGCGACCAGAGCACUUAUGUUGCUGAGCUGUUGCGUCACGUCAAAGAGAAGUCAUCCGAGAUCUUGAAAUGUCUACACAAGCAACAAUACGCGAGGGCGUUUUGCGAUGGGCUUGUCGACCAGAUGGCGAUCGCAUACAUUGCCAAUAUAGUCCAGAGUAAACCCAUCAGCGAGGUGGGAGCGGAGCAAAUGUUGCUCGACUCUUACGUGCUGAAGAAAGCGUUUACAGAGAUUCCGGUGGUCAACGAGGAACCGGGCACCGCACCUCCUGCAACGUAUGUCCCCUUCCUAUCCAAAUCGUCCUCUUCCAGCAUCCGUACUAACUCUAAUAUCCAGGUUCGUGAAACGUGUCAACCUCACAAUGUCUAA